UCACCGCGAGAUUCCAGGCCGAUUAAAGAAGAGGAAGGCACAACGCCGUGUUAUUUGUUUGGAGUUUUCGCUGACAAAAUGGGGACGCUUGCCUUCUCCGUCUGUACGCUGGGACUGCUCGCGCUCUUCGCCUGCACAUCGACAUCUGCCGAUGUGUUCGACAGCGUGUUGGGAAGCACAUCGUCUUGCCACAAGUCAUGUGAAAUGACGUACAGUUUGCACACGUUUCCGCGGGAGGAGGAACUCUACGCCUGCCAGAGAGGCUGCCGUCUGUUCUCCAUUUGCCAGUUUGUUCGCGACGGUGACGAUCUCAAUCAGACGAAAUCCGAGUGUGAAUCAACCUGCCGUGAAGCCUACAGCCAUUCCGAUGAGCAGUACGCGUGCAACCUGGGCUGUCAGAAUCAGCUUCCGUUUGCUGAGCAACGGCAUGAGCAGCUGGAGGCCAUGAUGCCCAGGAUUCACAUGCUGUACCCCAUGACUCUGGUCAGAGGCUUUUGGGAUGAUGUGAUGAAUCAGGCCCACAGCUUCAUCACCUCCACCUGGACGUUCUACCUCCAGGCUGAUGACGGCAAAGUUGUCAUUUUCCAGACUGAACCACAUGUCCAGUUUUUCUCCCUGUUUGAAGUGGAAAAAGAGGAAGAGCCACAGAAGAGCUUUCCUGGAAUGAGCCCAGUUUACAAAGAUUAUCAGCGCACUUUAAUCCAGGAGAGGGACCGAGAUAUGACCGGGGACCGUGGCUAUGAUGAUCAAUACAACCUCUUCAACUGUCUUUCCAGGAACCCUUGGCUACCAGGGUGGAUCCUAACCACCACUCUGAUCCUGUCUGUGGUGGUGCUGAUCUGGAUCUGCUGUGCCACUGUGGCAACUGCUGUGGACCAGUAUGUACCUGCUGAGAAAUUGAGCAUCUAUGGGGACAGUGAGAAUAUAAUGGAAAAGAAACUGACUCCAUAUCCAGCCUCCUCCCUGCUGAUCAUUACCUCCAAAGGAUCCGAGGAAGAGGCCGGGCCGCUCCCUCCCAAAGUCGACCUGAGCCGGUCAGACGUCUAGAAGCCAAAGACUCAGCACAGAAUAAGAUGUUUGAUUUUCCUCCUCUGGACUAGGACCUGGUCUUCUCUCAGAAGAUUUUGUAUAAUUGAUACAAUAUCUCGUCUACCUUUGUUGAUGCUUUUAAAACAAAUGAUGAAGGUUUUUUUGUAUACUGGUAUAAUUGAGGCAUUAACUUAAUCAGCAGUACACUUGAAAUAUGCUUUUGAAUUUUUUCUUCAAUGUGUGCAUUGGUAUUCUCUCGGUGUGCUUAUUUUUAUUAAAUGGAUAAAUUCAAUGUUUGACUUGAAGUGAUAUUAACCCAAACUCCUUUUAUUGUCCUAUAGAUUUGUGCUAAUACUGCAGACUCACUGUAUGUUCAUGUUUGUACUGUAAUCAUUUACAGAUUAAUUUUACAAUAAAAUGAUGCUCCUUCCCACAUUUAA